UUUGGUGUGGAGUUUCAGUUUUUGGUCAUCGAUAAUUCGAUAGUUUUGUGUUUUGCUAAUUUUUAUUUGAAAAAGUGAUACCCAAGAGAUAACUAAACUCGAUCUACUUGGUAUACGGGACACAAUAAUGGCGACUUCAAGCGAUACUUCGGAUCAGAACGUAAAGUCCCGACGUCCUGCAGAGUCUGCUUUCAAACAGCAACGAUUGCCUGCAUGGCAGCCUAUCCUGACUGCUGGCACAGUCUUGCCGACGUUUUUUGUGAUUGGUAUUGCAUUUAUACCUGUGGGCAUCGGUCUACUUUACUUCUCUGAUGAGGUAAAGGAACACGUAAUAGAUUAUACAUACUGUAUGAAGGAAGAUGAGAACAUCACUUGUGCUGAAUACAUCAGAAAAAAUGAUAUGAACCCUUGCAAAUGUCAAAUUGAAUUCAACUUGACAGAGGACUUUAAAGGCGAUGUCUACUUUUAUUACGGACUUGCCAACUACUACCAGAAUCAUCGUAGAUAUGUCAAAUCUAGGGAUGACAAUCAGCUUCUUGGACGUCUCCACCCGAAUCCUUCAGGGGAUUGUGAACCAUUUGCAUAUGAUAAUGGUGUUCCCAUAGCGCCUUGUGGAGCUAUAGCCAACUCCUUGUUCAAUGAUACAUUAUCUGUGAUGUCGAGGGAAAUGAAUAUGGACGUGCCAGUGCUAAAGACAGGUAUUGCCUGGACUUCUGAUAAAAAAAUCAAGUUUGGAAAUCCCAGUGGAGAUCUGAAGACUGAGUUUGCAAACUUCACCAAACCUAUAAAUUGGCGUCGUCAUGUUUGGGAAUUGGAUCUGAAUGACACGGAAAACAAUGGUUUUAUGAACGAAGACUUAAUAGUUUGGAUGCGAACAGCGGCUCUACCGACAUUCCGCAAGUUGUACCGAAGGGUGGACCACAAACAGCGUGGGUUCAUCUCUGGACUCGUCAAAGGACCGUACGUGCUUCGGAUCGAUUAUAAUUACCCGGUGAUUGAUUUCGACGGUAAGAAGUCGUUCGUCAUAUCGACUACGUCGCUGCUGGGCGGCAAGAACCCGUUCCUGGGCGUUGCCUAUGUCGUGGUGGGCACGCUCUGCCUGCUGCUGGGCAUCGUGCUGCUCGUCAUACACGUGCGCUGCUCUAAAAGCACCACAGAGAUGAUCAACGUUAACCCUCGCACGCCAUAUUCUUAAGCAGGUCCCAAGAUGAAGAGAAGUAUGUCAGUUUGAAGGAAAAGUGAGCUGGUUAAGGUUUGAAGGAAAAGUGAGCAAUUGGGCCGGUUCCACCACUUUCUGUUAAAUGACAGAUAGUCUAAACGUAAGUUUGGUCACUUUCAUACUUUAUGUCAAAUGACAGAUAUAAUUUGUGAAUAAGUUAUCUGACACUUAUCAGAAGGUAGUGAAACUGGUGGUGGAACGCCUUUUCUCUUACGAGCAAGAAUUGCAAAAUAUGUAAUAUAAACAUUCUUUAAAAACUAUCUUUAUAAUGCCUUUAUAGUCAUGACAGAUUUUUUAGCUUAGAAAUUUUGCAAUUUUUAUGUUUAUUAAAAUAAUUUAAAGUUGGUGGCAUCAAUAUUGUUAAUUAUGUUAAAAUAAUUACGUCAUGUUGUUUAAAUCACAUCACAUUUUUUUGGAUGAUUUAUAGAAUGGGUCAAUGACCAAGUGUGUCUUAUUCAAAAAGGCCAAUGUAGAGGUAAACAUUUUAUAUGGAAACUAGCGGAUCCAGUUAUGCAUCAAGCUUUACAGUCACGCAAGCAACCAAUCACAAGAAAGCUAUCGGCGACAGAGUUUCUAGCCGCUUAUAUGUAUAAAGGAAACCUGUUACAGUAACAAAACUUGAGUCCUUGGCUAAUAGUGAAAUAUAAAUCUAGAGUGGAAAGGUAACUAACCAAGCUACAAAAUGUUUCAUUUUAUAAGUCUUGGAUCGGUUUAACAUACUGAUAAGUGACGGUUAGUCCUAUGGUUAAGCUAUCUGACACUUAACAAAAGGCCGUGGAACCAGUCCUUAUAUUUUUUUCGCUAAUUUUUUUGGCUAUUCAGUACAAACUUUCGCUGGACCUUACCACUUAAACACAUAAAAUGUUACUGAUAAAGUAGUAUUUUUUAUAUAAUUAACAUAACAUGAUGUAUGUAAUUGAUUGUACAACAAUUUUGUUAAUUUCCUCCCUAUUUUUAUAGCUUAGCUAACUAAAGCUUAGUUAAAACUAUAACAAUGGGGAAAGCCCCGGUGGUCAUUAAAAUAAACAGCAUACGUAGACUGCUAUACAUAUUAUGGGUAUAGCUUGGCAAAUACAUUGGCGUUCGUAACACUCCCGAUGGUCCGCGGGGGGUAGUGAUGACAGAUAAUACCACAACUGAUGCUCAAUACUUCUAGCCUCUGCCCCGAGCGCACGAUUUCACACCCGCGCAGUCCUUCCCUCCCCAUCGCCCGCAUAUCAUGGGAGUGUCAUCAACGAACUUGCCUUGCUAUAGAUGGCUAUUUUCAAUUCCAUACAAGUUUAAUUUUAGUUUUACGAUAUCGGGAAUUAAACUAGCACAACACUGGCCUUAACUUUAAUUCUGUCUGUAGAAAAAAAAAUGUAGUGUUUUUAUUUUUAGACGACCUAUUAUUACACUUUAGAUAUUUGUAAUUCAUAAGUAUUGAUAAUGCACUCUUUUUCGAUUCGUAAAUAUUUUCUUUUCAAAUAUCAUAAGGAAUGUAUAUGUACGAGUAAAUCCUAAUUACUAGAAGUUGUUUCCAAUGACUUCCCCUUUGUAUGUUAUCUUAACAUAUCUGUGAAAUAUAUAAUGUAUAUAUACUUAAUCAAGACGUUUCUUGGUUUUCUAGACAUGUUGAACUUUAUUUCACAAUAAAUCAAUAAUACUAAGCCUCAACUUCAUCCAACUCACACUAUAAGAUAUAAUAAGAAUAUAAGGUCAUUGCACUGUUAUCGCGCUCACUCAGCAGGCAAAAGGCAGGAGCUUACCGCAAUACUGAAAUUAGUUUUGAAUCAAAAUUUAUAAAUAUAAAUUUUACAAAUUUAUAAAUAUAAAAUUUACAAAUUUAUAAAUAUAAAAUUUACAAAUUUAUAAAUAUAAAUUUUACAAAUUUAUAAAUAUAAAAUUUACAAAUUUAUAAAUGUAAAAUUUACAAAUUUAUAAAUAUAAAUUUUACAAAUUUAUAAAUAUAAAUUUUACAAAUUUAUAAAUAUAAAUUUUACAAAUUUAUAAAUAUAAAUUUUACAAAUUUAUAAAUAUAAAUUUUCGAAAGGUGUAAAUUAAACUGAGCGCGCCGAGUUUUCUAUAAAACAUGAUGCCAGUAGACGUCCGGGAGAUACUGUGUUAGUCCAUAACAUCAAACCAGUAGGGCUUAAAAUGAGUAUGUUUUAGUCCCUACAUACACAUAAAAGCUUAAAAUGAGUAUGUUUUAGUCCCUACAUACAUGUAAAAGCUUAAAAUGAGUCUGCUUUAGUCAUUACAUACAUAUAAAGGCUUAAAAUUAGUAUGUUUUAGUCCCUACAUACAUAUAAAGGCUUAAAAUGAGUGUUUUAGUCCCUUCAUACAUAUGAAGGCUUAAAAUUAGUCUGCUUUAGUCCCUACAUACAUAGUAAAUAAAGUUUUAAAAUGAGUCUGCUUUGUCCCUAUAUACAUAUAAAAGCUUAAAAUGAUCCUGUUUUAGUCCCUACAUACAUUUAAAGGCUUAAAAUGACUCUGUUUUUGUCCCUACAUACAUAUAAAAGCUUAAAAUGACUCUGUUUUAGUCCCUACAUACAUUAAAAAGGCUUAAAAUUAUCCUGCUUUAGUCCCUAGUACUUAGCGUGUUGUUUAAUUUUCGACUUUAUUUCAACACCAUCAAUGUUUAUAAUCAUUUGAAAGUAACUCGCUGCGUCGCUGAGUAUCGCUAGGUGAGUGCCUAUACUGAGAAGGCUAAAAGUCUUCUUUAAUAUUAUUUUUAAUAAGUAUUGUGAUAUGUUUGUUUGACGAUUUAUAUGUUAAUGUUAAUUAAUUUUAUAGUAGAAUAUUAUGUAUAAAUAAUAAUAAAUGUAUUUUUUGUUACCUUAGUUUCAAUUUCUUGCGUUUUUAAACAAAUUAUAUGGCAUGGUAAUUAUUUGUAUCCAAGAUAUUUAUUAAUAUAAAAAAUAUUACAUUGUUAACAAAAAUUUAAAUUGAUACAGACAUUAAAAUAAAAUUAAAGUACCUAAGCCUACAAAUAUUUAAAUAAUAAAAUUAAUUUUAUGAAUUUUAAUUCACACUUACUUAAAUUCGAGAUUAGUAUUGCUUGUAAGUGCCUUUUAGAAAAGUAAAUUUAUUGUAUUAAACAUUUUGAUAUGUAUUUAUUUCAUUAUUAAUAUAGUAUUACUUAAGAUAAGUAUUAGAAAUAUUCACUAUUUAAUCAUUAAGAACUUGAUUACUUUAAGAAUGGAUUAGACAAUGCUGUCUCUGAAAUUAAUUAUAAUUGAACAAAAAUAGAUACUAUAUAUUAAAUAAAUAAGAUUACUUGAUAGUUCAGCAAUGGUGUAAUGAAUAUAAUUGUAACAAUUGAUAGUAAACUGACCUUUAGUUUCCUUUGCUAGUAGGUAUAAGUGAUCACAAAACGAGUAGCCUGAUUCAUUUAUGUAUCUUAUACAAAGAUUUUAUACUAAUAGAUAUGUCACUAGCGCGUUAAAACAGGCGGACAAAAGUGGCUAAUUGUCUUAAUUUCAUUUAGUCACAACGAAAGUUGUUUAAACAAAUAAUACCUAAAUAUUGUCUACAAUGUCGAGUUGUAUACAAAGUGGUGCCAGGAAUACGACCUUAAAUUAAUACACAAUCGCUAACAGUCAAUCAAAAUACGAUUAGGUGAUUAAAUUAAUUAUUGUAUAAUAAAUAAAAAAACUAAAUUUUCAAACAAAAUAAAUUCGGAAAUAAUCUAAAAAAUUCACAACAUCCUUUAUAAUAAUAUAAAACUAACCUCAAGUGACCUAUAGGUAAAAGCGGCAACAUCGCGUCUCCUAGUUUUUGGUUAUUUGGCGGUCCGUUUGUAGUGCGUAAAGUUCUUUCAUGCACUCGUAGGUACUUAUCUACAUAAGAAUAAUCACGCCGCGCCGGCGGGCGGGAGCGCCAAAAUUUAAUUAAUUUGUAUUUUGUACGCCGCACGAGACGAGUAGAUAUUGUUGUUAAAUGUUACUAAUCAAAACUCACACAUUUUAAACAUGAUAGGUAUAGGUAGGUACUCGUACGUAUUUACAGUACUUAGCUUAAUUUUUUAAAUGCUGGAAAUGUCCACCAUUGAUUAAAAUACACAUGUUACAACGUCGCGAGAUAUCGGUAUAAUACUCAGUAGCAGUAUCACCGAAAUGUGGCAUUAUGUUUCAAUACCAAAACACACUUCACAAUAAAAAAAACUACACAAAUCACAAGAAAUGUUUGAUUUGUAUAAAACAAUGCGCAAGGGUAGCAACUGGCUAUCAUACACUGAGUCACUAUUCAAAAGACGCCGCCCGCGCCGGGAACCAAAUCUAGCAAAAACACUAAAUGUAUUUCUAUCCUAUUCCCACUUAGUAAAUCUUCCAAACACCUACAGUUAGCUAAAAACAAAUGAUAUUGUAUGAAAGCCCUUAUAGGCCAGGAUCCGGUGAAUAUUUUAACAGUUGAUGACUGUCAAGUUAAUUUUCCGUGAGUAGCUUCGUCUUGAUGAGGCGCCCAACUUGUAAAUUUUCGAAAAUUAUUUAUUUUGGUAGCUAACAGAGUUACUAGAUAACAAAAAUGUCUGAGCAUAGGAACGAAAUAACUGACCACGCUAUUUGUAAGACAAUAUGGCUGAUAAGUUGUAUAACUAUUAAUUUAUACAACUUUUCAGCCAUAUUGUCCUUCAAAUUCAAUGUUAUUUAUGCCUCAUCAAGCUACUCACAUAAAAUUAACUUGGUAGUGAUCAACUGUAAAAAUGAUCCCCGGAUCCUGGACUAUUAGUGCCCAAUUGACAACGUCGCAAUUUUCGUUUGUUUACAUUAAAAAUAGGUACAAAAUUUGUGGUGCCGAAUAAUUAUUGUAGGUAAGUAUGGUAAAGAUAAUAAGAAUUUUUAUUCUUAUUUGUAUUAGGUCUAAAUUUCAAUAGGAUUUUUGUUUUUUGUAAGUUACCAAUAUUUUUUAAAACGCACAUUUUAAAUUGUUAUUUUGGUUUAUCAAGGUGAAUGACCUAGUGAAUUUUCGUGAGGUAUUUGUAAUACAUUUACAGCGUGUUCAAAAAUUGUUUAAGUGAAAAAAUUAUCCUGUGGCUAAACCACUGCAUAGAAAUUAAUAAAAAUUGGCGUGCAGACUACUUACACGAUACCCCAUAUGUGGUUGAAAUUAAGGUCGUAAUCGUUUCACCACUUUGUAUACAGGAAGAAAUUUUUUUUAGUGCGGAUAUUUUUAUAUUUUGUACAUAAACAAAAUUUAAUGAUCACGUAUUUUUUCUUUUUUUUUUUUAACUCAAAAAUAACAAAAUUAUCGUUAGCUAAAGUUAUUUACUUUUGAACAGAAUUUUAGGGUCACCCUAUUGUGCGUUUAUUUUAUUUUCGUUUGAUACCUAAAGGACGUCACCAGAUCACUUUUAAGCUGAAUAUAUCUUGUUUAGUAAUAAUAUGUACAUUAUUUUGUUAUUUUAGAGACAUAAAUUAAAAAAAAAAAUUACAUAAAAUGUAUCGAACUGUUUGUAGAUUUAUAUUCUAUUAAUGAUACAGAACCACGAAAAAAAAUAUCCGCACUAAAGACCGAAUCACCCUGUAUAGGAAGUGGAAAACUUAUACAGGGUGUUGUGGAGUAUUUAUCAUAACUUCAAGGUGUUGACAAGUCCACUUAUAGGAGCCGAACUGCAUAACUAAUAUUUUUUUAAUUAAAAAAUAUAUUUUUUUUAUGUAUUGACAAAUAAUUUCGACUGACCAUGUAACACACGCCUUUAUCUAUCCUUGCAUUUUAAAAUACGUAAAACUUGGCUACAUGAUAAUUAUAAGGAUGCGUAUAAGGGACACAUGUUCCUUGAACAUUUUUAAUUAAUUUUCGGUAAAUAAUAUAACCCCAGAGUUAUGAGAAAUACUCCCGAGCAACUUGUGUAUAUACGUAUGUAUAAUGUACGUAAACACGAAAUUGUGCAUGUGUGCAUUCAGUGGAGUAGCUAAAUUCUAAUCGCUUUGCGGUGAUUUUGUAGGCACGUAACAUAUCUAUAGUAGAAAAUCUUUGAUCAUAAACGAUUCGAAACAUGAGCCACUACAUAGAUUUUUAUCGUAUUUUCGUCCCGAUCUACUGACAUGGUUAUUUCAAGUGGUAGUGAUUUUUUACAAUCAUCUUGUAUGAUUAUUUCAACAGGUUAACGGGUUUUUGUUAAAACAACAUUACUGUUAUAUUACUAUCAGUUUAACUAAAAAGACGAUAAUUAUGUCAUUUCGUUGUAAAAAUGAUGCCAAUUAAGAGAAUUGAUGUACCUAGUGGCUUAGGUUUUGAAUCAUCGAGAUUGGAUUAGGUCCAACUAGGGUUGCCAACAUUUUUUCACAAAGAUAUAGUAGUUUUCAGAUUUAGCUAUAAAAAUAUAGUACGCUCAAAUAAAAUAUAGUGUAUGGCAAAAUAUCAAAGUUUAUUAAAAAAAAAAACAAUAUUUAUUUACUCUUGUUGUAUAUUUCAAAAUUUAUUUGUCAGAAAUAAGAGUCGUAUUGUUUUUCAUCAUCAUCAUCUGUUUUUAAAAUUUUUGAAAACAAAAUUGCAUCUUUCGAAAACAUAGAGAUUUAAAAUGAAUGUUAUUUUCGUUCAUAGAGAUUUAAAAUGAAUGUUGAGGAUUUAGUAUUUUUGCGUACUAUAUAUUUUUUCAAGAGUAAGUAUAUAGUACGCAGACCCGAAAUUUAGUACAAUACUAUAUAAUAUAGAACGAUUGGCAACCCUAGGUCCAACGCUGUGGUACAAUUUUAGGCAACCUUACCAUGCACAUUGACAAUAGAUAGGUAUUAUUGAGUUUUAACAUAACGGAUAACCUUAGACUUCAGUAUUGUACAGUCUGGCCAGAAAUAUAAAAAAAAACCUAGAAUGGUAUAGCGUCACAAGUAUUUUAGCAGACCGAGUAUAGUAUUCUAAUGGAAGAAAUUAGUUCCUUUUUUCUCCGCAACAUGGCGAGGUUUUGUUAUUUUUCUUGUCAGGCUACAAUUUCAGUAGCGUUGUUUGUUGUACUUUGAAUUUUUUAUCAUACUACGUCAUGAUCAUCACAUCAGCCGAUGGACGUCCACUGCAGGACAUAUGCCUUUUGUAGGGACUUUUAAACAUCACGAUACUGAGCCGCCUGCAUGCAGCGAAUCCCUGCGACUCGCUUGAUGUCGUCAGUCCAUCUGGUGGGGAUCUACCAAUACUGCGCUUUCUGCCCCCCCCUCCCCCCUCCCCUCCCCCUCCAGCCAAGUGGCACGUCGAUUCUCUUUCUACGAUCGCUAACACUUGUUCAAGUCACGUGAUCAAGAUCUGUCAUUCCUAUACAUUUUUCUAGUUUUCGAAGCGAUCAUAGAAAGAGACUACCACCGAGACACCUAGGGAACCCAACGUCCAUUGGCUUUAUCGGUUUAUCCCAAAAUUUAUUGUGAAAAUAUUUAUUGCAUUUAUUUAAAAUUUUUGUAUUUUUACGCAAACAUUAAUGAUUAGCUAAUUUAGGUAUCUAGUUGGUCGUCUUUGUCGAUAGAUUUCACGAAAUAAAUGUUUUAAAAUUGUU